UGUAUUAAGUAGCGAACACUGAUACCACAGAUCGAGUGGGCAGUAGCAGCAGCAAUAGCAGCAGCAACAGGUGGAGGCACCGUUAGUCUGCCGAGAGCCUUUGGCCGUAUCGUACCGCAAAAGUUGGCUCGUGCUCGCGUUCGUUGAUGGCCUCAUCAAUGGCGCAUCAUAUCUAAUCGGUUGUCUUGUCCCGCCUCCUCGAGAGUGUACCUCAAGUGUUGUUCGUUCCCACCUGCACGGGGUAAUUGUUCGCAAACGUCUCUCUCUCUCUCAACGCCAACGGUUCUGUGUCCUGUGUAAUCUGUGGGUGCGAUGAAACCCACAAAGCCAUUGCCCCCACCGAAACCGGUGCGUGUUAGCCUGCAGCGGCCAAACUAUUCCCGCGACAGUGGCAUAUCGGACACAUCGGAUGAACCUUCACCAACUCCAUCGAUGGUAGUUCCCGCGGGAUCUACCACAAACCCAACGCAAACCAGUACCGGUGGUGGUGUGCGUCAAUUAGCGAGUAGAUUCGAAUCAAUCUCACUACGUCGGAGCGGAUCCACGGCUGGUGCUCGUGGCCCGGAACUUGAACGGAUUUCGCAGCAGGUGAAACAAACCAACAAACCAACCAUUGCUCCCAAACCACUUCACCCUGGACUAUCCACCACCGGGCGGGCAGUGUUUGCGCAGCGUGCGAAUCAAAUUGCCGAACGCAUCUACGAUACGGUGUACGAGAGAUAUCAACCACCGAAGAUAAAUACUGAACAAGAGCCUGUCACAGAGUUAAACAUUGCGGAGGAAAUUGAAGACCCAACAUCCACGGAUGGGUACUCCUCCUUUGAGUCAGAUUCCGAGAAUGAAGAUGAAACUUAUGAACCUGAAACAGUAUGGGUACCACCUCCACCACCAGCAGUCGGUGUGAGGCAAGAUCAUCCCGAAACACACGAAUCCCACCUUCAGCAAGUGAUCGACGAGAUGCUCGAGAAGGAGCAGAAGUACAUCGAGAACCUGGCGCACGGUAUCCGGAGCUACAUUCCCGCCAUGUACUCCCAGAACCUUCCCACAGCGUUGCGUGGCCAGAAGAACACUAUCUUCGCCAAUCUGGAGGAGAUCAUGGCCAUGCACCGGGACCACUUUCUGCCCGAUCUUCACCAUGCCGCUGACCUGAACACGGAGCACACGGCAGGGGACGUGGUCGAACGGAUUGCACAAAACUUUCUCGAUUACAUCGAAAGCGAUCGGUUCUACUGUUAUGUCCGGUAUGCGAUGCAUCAGCCCGAGGCCGAACUGCUCGUGAUGCGGUACAGUGAUUACUUUCUCAAGAUACAGAACGAUCUAGGCGAUCACCUGGGGCUAAAUAGUUUGCUGCUGCAACCGAUUCAGCGGCUUCCACGCUACAAGCUGCUGCUGAACGAGAUGGUUAAGGAUCUGAUCAAGGAUAAGGACAGUAUGCGCACGAUGAACCGCAGGACGGCGCUGCUCUGCAAGGUGGACAAAAGGUUGAGCAACUUUAUCGAGCGCGUUAAUCAGGCCAUCAACAUCCGGGACAUACACCAGUGUCGAAGCUACGCACCGGCCACCGUUAUGAUGAGCGCCCUGACACCGUCGUCCGAUGUACCGCUCGUGAUGAUACUGCAACCAGAGGGUAACCGGAAUCCCGGUCGUGACACACCAAUCAAUCUGCUCUACCAGGGACACUUUAGGCGUAUGCUUCUGCUAGACAUCUACGAUACCAACGUGCGACGGCGGUACAGUGGAAAACUGUUUGCCUUCGAAAAGCUAUUGAUCUACGUGGAGCUAGUACGCGGCAAUCGGAUGGAGUACCGGGGGCACUACUUUAAUACCGAGCUGUGUCACGCCGAGGAUGGUCGGAAUCGGAUCGUGCUCUUUAGCGGACCACGCGGUAACCAGGAGAUCAUCGUUCAAUCGGAAACGAACACAGAAAUACAGUCGUUGCUCUCACUGCUCCGCUCCAUGGCAAGGGCUGUGAAUUAUGAUAAGGUAUGUGAGGCGGCCGCAGAGGAACAGCGGCAGCAGUACGAGCUGGAGGAUGAUGAUGACUUCACCACCUUAUCCGCCAACGGAACGGAAGCGGAAGAUCAGCAAGAAGUUUGGGAUGAGCAACGGCUCACGGUGACCCUGAUAGAGGCACAGCAACAGUUCCUCGAGGUACUGGUUGCGAACCGGCGGUUCUACCUUGACACGCUAACGGUCGAGCUGAAAAUCAAACUGGCCCUCUUCAUUAGUGCCUUCGAGGCGAUUCUCAAUCUUCACAACCAGAUCCUGGAGGAUCUAUCUCAACCAGCGACCACUGUCGGGCCAAACGAGAUCUGCCAGUGUUUUCUUAGGUACCUUAAGACUGAUCAUUUUGCGCCCUACUUCGACUAUCUGCGAGAGUUUCGAAAGGCCAUCAAGUGGAUACAGAACGGCCAGAGACCUUCGAACUUCAAUAACCGCGUCGCCUCGACGGUGGAACAGUUCACCUUCCUCUGCAUCGAGCAUCUGCAAGAGUUCAAUCGGUACUUCGAAGCGCUAAUCAUCAAGUACUCGGACGACAGUAGCCUCAACGUGCCCAUCGACACCGAACUCUUCCAGCAGCUAGCCUUUGCCCAGGUCCGUCUGAACGCGUUUCGGGUGAACCUUGGGCAAACCUACAAACUAUACCUCCUGGACGAACGCAUUCCCUCGUACGGUCCCCUUAUCUACGACGAUCGAGCGGCGGUAUACAAACCUUUGCGUGAAAAGGAUGGUGGCCUCUGCCGCAUGUUCAUCUGCCGACGGGCAACGAUCUGCGUUAAGAUUAAGCUCGAAGAACCCGAUGACCUGGAGAGCGCCGGAGUGAACAAAGGCGAUCCAUCGAACAAGGAAGCGGAACGAUUGCUACGCAUUGUGUUUGUCGAUCGUUUCGGCGGUCGCGGAACAAUGAUGCGAAUGCGCCAAAGCAAACGACACUCCCAGCGACUUAACUUCAUGCUCGAUGGGCUAAAGUUUCGGGUCGAUUUCGAUAGUAAGGAGUGCAAGAAACGGUUCUACGAUCGUCACGUGCAUCAGUAUGCUCAAUAAGUUACGCGGUGCUUCGUGUUAUUCGACACAUGGAACAUAAAACUAUCAUCAUCAUCAUCAUCAUCUUAAGGUUAACGAAUA